GGUCCGUCGGCUGAGCCCGCCCGCCCCGGAGCCAAGCAGCGACUGAGCGGGGAGGAGCCCGCGCCCGGGCAUCGGGAUGAUCCUCCUCGUCCUGCUCGGGCUAGUUUCCUACUAUGUUGGAACCUUGGGGACUCACACUGAGAUCAAGAGAGUGGCAGAGGAAAAGGUCACUUUGCCCUGUCACCAUCAACUGGGGCUCCCAGAAAAAGACACCCUGGAUAUCGAAUGGCUGCUCACCGAUCAUGAAGGGAACCAAAAAGUGGUGAUCACUUACUCCAGUCGUCAUGUUUACAAUAACUUGACUGAGGAACAGAAGGGCCGAGUGGCCUUUGCUUCCAAUUUCCUGGCAGGAGAUGCUUCCCUGCAGAUUGAGCCUCUGAAGCCCAGCGAUGAGGGCCGGUACACCUGCAAGGUGAAGAAUUCAGGGCGCUACGUGUGGAGCCACGUCAUCUUAAAAGUCUUAGUGAGACCAUCAAAACCCAAGUGUGAACUGGAAGGAGAGCUGACAGAAGGAAGUGACCUGACUUUACAGUGUGAGUCAUCCUCUGGCACAAAGCCCAUUGUGUAUUACUGGCAGCGCAUCCGGGAAAAGGAGGGAGAGGAUGAACGUUUGCCUCCCAAAUCUAGGAUUGACUACAACCACCCUGGACGCGUCCUGCUGCAGAAUCUCACCAUGUCCUCCUCUGGGCUCUACCAGUGCACAGCGGGCAAUGAGGCCGGGAAGGAGAGCUGUGUGGUGCGAGUGACUGUUCAGUAUGUACAAAGCAUCGGCAUGAUUGCAGGAGCGGUGACAGGUAUGGUGGCUGGAGCCCUGCUGAUUUUCCUCCUCGUGUGGCUGCUAAUCCGACGGAAAGACAAAGAGAGAUACGAGGAGGAAGAGAGACCGAAUGAAAUCCGAGAAGAUGCCGAAGCCCCGAAAGCCCGCCUUGUGAAACCCAGCUCCUCCUCCUCGGGCUCUCGGAGCUCACGCUCGGGCUCCUCCUCCACGCGCUCCACGGCUAACAGCGGCUCCCGCAGCCAGCGGACACCGUCCUCGGAAGCGGCGCCCCGGCCAGGGCUGGCUACCCACACCUACGGUCCCGUGGGGCCAGAGGCAAGAGGGUCUGAACCAAAGAAAGUCCACCACGCUACCCUGACCAAAGCAGAGAGCACUCCUGGCACGAUCCCCAACCAGAGCAGAGCCUUCCAAACUGUCUGAGUUCGAGCGGACUUGACUCCCAUCCUUUCCCAGGAGUCAGGACUCUUCUCAUCAUUGACGCCCAGUCACCAGCCACACAACCGCCUCGGACCAAACGAGAGGUCAUUUAAGUAGCAGUGACCAUUGCAUGGGAGAGAUUCAAAUGAACACUUUCCUCAUAUGACAGCAAACAAGGAAAAGGAUGUAAGCUGAUGGUCUCCAAAAAGGCAUCUCACUGUGCCUUUAGACCAGAGCGGGGGCCAAAUCUGUGCAUUUGGGGACCAGGACCUGUGGUGAGAAAGGCUGGGGAGAGGGGAAGUGAACACACUUAGAAUUCCUCACUUGGGCUGUUUUGUGUCAACACUUUGACUCACCACUGUUAAGAAAUGAGGUGGUGUUCAUAAAUUUUCUAUGCAUUUCUGCAAACCUACUGGAUUGCUAUGAUUAUUCAGAGUCAAGCAGAACCCACAGCCUUAUAUCACACUUAUAUGCACCAUGAAAAACUCCAAAAAAGGAAACAAGUCUCUUCCAUCCUGACCUGACUUUAUUUACCAGAAAGUUUGGAUAUUAAUUUCAAGAGGAGUUGAGAAAUAGUGGGAGAUGGAGAAUGACUGAGAUUUUCCCACUCUGUUCACUACUAAUCUUCCUACUUAUAUUGAACUAAAAAAAAAGGGAGUCCAAAAUGUGUAACAAGGGACUGUGAAAAGCUUUCCAUCUUGAUGUUCAGAGGGCCACUGACAAAUAUCAGAAAUAUAAUGCUGGAAUAAUUGUGGAUUUUCCCUCAAAUUGGAUGUCUCUAAGGACUUCCCUGCUGGAUAUCUCUGGAGCAAGAAAACAAUCAUUAGGUGUCGUUUAACAAUCUCCUUAGAAAGAAGUCUUCUAGAGAAAGAGAUCUUUUCAGAAUGCUGGAAUAUCAUCCAACCACAGUCUCUUCUUUCAGUGAACAUAUGAAAUCAGGAUUUCAAGACUGACUAGACUAAAAAGGGAGAUUAGAUCAGCUUUCUCUUAAUAUGUCAAGGAGUGUCAUCAGAAGUUCAGCAUUGCACCAAACUUGGAGCUUCCUCCAUUGCUUUCAUUUUCGGAGAAAGAUGUGAACCUGGGACUUUUGUUGAUUCUAGGCCUUAAAUUAUCAAAAAGUUCAGGGACUGACUGCCUUUCCUGAUGGCACUGCAUGGACACCACACCAUUCCCUCCUGAGAGGUGGAGACAGAGAGAAAUUCAGUAUUUUCCCAGUUUAGCCUCUCAGGAAGCCUAGCUCUGGGCUGGAAGGAUAGGAUAUCAACAUUUAGGGAAGAGAUGGUGAGGAUAACUAGUGGGUGGCAGGAGGGAUCUAGGUUAGUGCCUGUUAAAUACUGUUGGCAUCUUGGAAAGAAUUAGCAGAAAUGAUUUACCAGGAUAGCUCUCAGAAGAGCUGACACAUGGGAGAAGACAGGUGUCUGAGAAAUAAAAAGAAGGCAGCCUCCAAUACAACUUGCCUUUUUAAUAGUUUUCAUGACUCUGCUAGUCAAAUUCAUCCUAUGGCAAGAAUGCUAAACCUGAAAUAGCCCUUCAAAGACUCUGAAGCAAGUGUCAACAGAUCACCAGUGGUGGAGCAAAAUAUUUUUUUAUUAUUAAAAGGACAUGGAAUUCCCUGGCAGGCCAGUGGUUAGGACGCUGAGCUUUCACUGCCAAGGGUGAGGGUUCAAGCCCUGGUCAGGGAACUAAGGCCCUGCAAAAGUAAAAAUAAACAAAUAAAUAGAUAAAUAAAAAUAAAAUAAAGUCUUAAAAAAAAAAGGCAGCAGGCUAUAGGAAAGAAAAAGUAGUGCUGAAUGUGGUGAUAAAAGCCCUGUUCCUAAAAUGGGAAUCAGGCGCUUAAAGUGAAAAAGUUGAUCUGGGAUUUUGUCCUGUUUCUGAUUUUCAUUUUUACAUCUAAUUCUCACAUAGUACAAAUGCAUUUCCUUCCAAAAUCCUUUAAGAAAUAGGGUUUUAUCCUUGAGUGAAAGUUUCAUCUUGAGUUUUGUCUUCCUCUAAAAAAAAUUGGGGGUAAUUCCCUGUUAGUCCAGUGGUUAGGACAUCAUGCUUUCACUGCUGAGGGCAUGGGUUCAGUCUCUGAUCAAGAAACUAAGAUCCCGCAAGCCACGCGGCGUGGCCCCCGGCCCCCCACCCCCCCCCAAAAAAAGUUGGUACAUAAGAGACAUUGAGGAAGUAAUGUAAAAAAUGCCUGCCAUUAGUUUAAGAGGGCUAGCACAUUUGGAAUGCUUCUUAUACUAACACUGCCUCAUUGUAAGACAAACUCCUUACUCCACUUCCUUAUUUUUCUGGUAGUGUGGUGUCCAGGCAACAUAACACAUCCACUCUGUAAUUCUGAGAAUUCUCAUUCCUAGAGUACUUAAGCCAAAUGAGUAUGCUGUGGCGGCUGCAGCUCUACCAUCGCUAGAAAUCUGCUCUUAUCAUUAUUUAUUACCUUUGAGCCUAAGGUUUCCUGUCUAUGCCUCUGCAAGCAGGAAUCAGUCCCCUUUGCGUGAAAAGGUUUUGAUUAUUUAAACAGGUUAGUUAUUAGAAGACUAAAAUACCAGUUGAAUAUCCAUAUUAUUUUGGAAGUCCAUUCAUACUGGAUAUCUACAAAAAAUGUCACAAAACAAAUUAUUACCUGAAAUCUGAGAAGGUCCAAGAAUUGAAGAUUCUGAGAGAUAAGGUGCUGAAGUCUUAGUGAUAGUGUGCUUCUCUUUCAGUCAGGCUUUUGGGUUCAGAUAUGACAGGCUCUGGGUUUAAGAUAAAGUUUGAGCCACUACUGGUUUCAAACCAUAUUCCAUUAACCUUGCAAGUCAAACAAAUUUGAUUCUUUAAUAUGAAACAAAAAAGGAUAAAAUAGAUGGUGGAAGAAAAAGUGUAGGAAGAGAUACAGAUGGAAUGAUGCGGAUGUUUAGAAAAUAACCAUUUCAAUAAAAUGCACACACUAAACUUAGAACUGUAAAAGAAUGAAGUGAUGCCUUUGUUGUUACCCUGUAUAAGAACAAUUUCAAAACUGCCGUUGCGAAAAAGACAUAUAUAAUUCUGCUUCAUUUCUCGUGUUAAGCUGUUUAUAUUUCAAUUUUAACUUCUAAGUUGCCUUGUAAAUGGGACUGUGUUUGAUCACAAAAACCAAGUAUUUAUUACAGGUGCAUCUGUGUCGGCAAAAAUAAAUAAGUAAAGGUGAUACUG